CAUAUGUAAUAGUAUAAUGAAGGAUAUAUAGUUAAAAUUGGUAGUUUAUGGUGCUCCAAUGGAAAUUUCUGAAAAUUUGCUUUGUACUGAUGAAGCAUGUAACUUGUUUGCAACACGUAUGCACAAGAUUUGAAUGAGAGUAAGAUGUUUAGGUUGUUCCAUGCAAAAAUCUUAGGUCCCAAGUUACAUAGACUAAAACCUAUAACGUUCCAAAUUUUGUUCCCUCCUUUUCCUGAAUGUUGUUCCCUUCUCUUUGAAACCUCUCCUCGGUUCCUUUCCAUUUCAUCAUAUCCCUGUGAUCCUCUUCUUUCCUCUCUACUCCUUACUCUGAAAUCUUCAUCUUCUGUCUCCUGUUGCAGGGUCAUUCAUGCCCGAGUGGUCAAAUCUCUGGAUUACAGAGAUGGGUUCAUAGGUGAUCAAUUAGUUUCAUGUUAUCUCAACAAGGGGUCCAUCCCAGAUGCACAGAAGCUGUUUGAUGAAAUGCCCUACAAGGAUUCUGUCUCUUGGAACUCUUUGGUUUCUGGAUUUUCUAAAAGAGGAGACCUUUGUAACUGCCUGAGUGUGUUUUCUACAAUCAGGUCUGAAAUGGCACUCGAAUUGAAUGAGCUUACACUGAUAUCUGUUAUCUCGGCUUGUGCUUCUGCUAAAGCCCGAGAUGAGGGCUGCUAUCUUCAUUGUUGUGCAGUGAAAUUGGGUAUGGGAUUGGAAGUGAAGGUUGUUAAUGCUCUUAUUAACAUGUAUGGGAAGUUUGGCUGCGUUGACUCCGCUUUCAAGCUAUUUUGGGCAAUGCCGGAGCAGAAUAUAGUGUCAUGGAAUUCAAUGGUGGCUGUUUGGACACAAAACGGAAUCCCCAAUGAAGCUGUUAAUUAUUUUAAUAUGAUGAGGGUAAAUGGACUUUUUCCCGAUGAAGCCACAAUGGUGAGCUUGCUUCAAGCCUGUGAAAAUUUACAUUUGGGAAGAUUGGUAGAGGCCAUGCAUGGUGUUAUCUUCACCUGUGGUCUUAAUGAAAAUAUAACAAUUGCGACUACUCUUUUGAACUUGUAUUCAAAGUUAGGGAAAUUGAGUGUUUCUCACAAGGUCUUUGCAGAGAUAAGCAAGCCUGAUAAAGUGGCAUUGACUGCAAUGCUUGCAGGGUAUGCUAUUCAUGGGCGUGGGAAAGAAGCUAUAGAAUUCUUUGAAAGGUCUGUAAGGGAAGGUGUGGAGCCUGAUCAUGUUACUUUUACUCAUUUGUUAAGUGCUUGUAGUCAUUCAGGGCUUGUCCGGGAAGGAAAGUACUACUUCCUAAUCAUGUCUGAGGUUUACAAAGUUCAAACUCAAUUGGAUCACUAUUCAUGUAUGGUUGAUCUUCUAGGUCGCUGUGGUCUAGUCAAUGAUGCUCAUCAGCUAAUAAAGAGCAUGCCUUUAGAGCCAAAUUCUGGAGUUUGGGGUGCUCUUCUUGGUGCUUGUAGGGUUCAUCGUAACAUCGAUAUUGGGAAGGAAGCUGCAGAGAACUUGAUUGCAUUAAAUCCUUCAGACCCUAGAAACUAUAUCAUGCUUUCCAACAUUUAUUCUGCUGCAGGUCUGUGGAGUGAUGCAUCAAAAGUGAGGGCUUUAAUGAAGACUAAAGUUCUUACCAGAAACCCUGGAUACAGCUUUGUUGAGCAUGGGAAUAAAAUUCACCUUUUUGUGGUAGAUGAUUACUCUCACCCUGAUUCAGACAAAAUACACAAGAAGCUGGAAGAGACUAUGAGAAGAAUUCAAGAAGUUGGUUUUGUGUCUGAAACUGAACCCAUUCUACAUGAUGUUGAUGUCGAGGUUAAAACAGAUAUGAUUAACAAACAUAGUGAGAAAAUAGCACUUGCCUUUGGACUUUUGGUUUGUAAUGCUGAUAAGCCAUUAGUUAUUAUAAAAAAUCUCAGAAUAUGCCGAGAUUGCCAUAACACAGCAAAAUUUGUCUCACUGAUAGAGAAGCGUACCAUCAUUAUCCGAGAUUCAAAGCGAUUUCACCAGUUUUCAGAUGGAUUAUGCUCUUGUGGCGAUUAUUGGUAGUGAUCGCUGAUGGAGUUUGGCAUUUCAGGAAUGUAUUGUCAUUGGAACUCACAAGAGCCAACAUGGUCCAAAAAAAAUGGGAGAUCCCUUAUGCUGUUUUAGCCCAUUGGACUGAACUUGGUACUGCUUGGAGAAUGUUUUGGGUAUGGGUCAAGGUCAACGGUUUAGGUUGCAUUAUGUUGUUCUGAGGUCUGAAAAGUGAUUUCCCGUGCAUUCACCAGGGAUACUUGCAGAAGAUACUCCGAUACCAAAGUUAGUUCAACGUUUGACACAUAGACUUAAUGUGAUAGUAUAUGCCCAUAACCUACCUCCUUACCUCCAACAUUUAUUUAUAGGUUUUGUGGUGGACUUUUGAUUAACGUUGGCUUAAUUAUGACCCAAUUAUGAGUAAUUAUACUUUACUCUUAAGUUGAUAAGCUUUAAGAUUAAUCUAUUCUUGGACUAUUCAUCUCGAUCAUUCCAAUUCAUGGCCAACCGAUCGAUCACACCGAACUCGUUGUCCUGUUCACCGAGUUGGUGAUUAACUAUCCAGGUUGGUACAUGGCCGACGGACCUUUUUGGUGACCAGUCGGUCUCGGUGACUUGUGCUCCAAAAUGUGAGAUGUGGGUUUUGAGCUGUGGGACAUUCAUUUGGGCUCGUGUAUGAUCAACUAGUUUGUUUGGCAUUUUGACCAGACUCAUUGGUUUGUGCUCCAAGCUGGUACAUAGCUGGUCGACCUGUUUGGUGAUUGGCUGGAUUGUUUGGUUGACCAUUCAAACUAUAGUUGAUUGUGUGAACUAUGGCUGACCAAACAGUCAUACACUACUGAGAACAAUAACUUUUUGAAUACUCCUGAUAAGGGCUUUCUGCUGGUCCAUGGUUGUGAAGAUUAUAAUUUAUGCAGAAUAGACCCGCUAGUGUCAUGUGAGAUUUUCAUGACAUGGACAUUUAAGGGAAAGAUACCAUGUCACGUGAUCCUUUUUAAAAAAAUUCUAUUUAUCAUUCUCAUCAA